UCCAUGUUAGUCUUCAACUCUUCAGAAGUAGAAAUCUCUACUUUCUUCUUGAUUGGGAUCCCAGGAAUGGAAUAUGCCCACGUUUGGAUUUCAAUCCCCAUUUGCCUCAUUUACCUCUUUGGAAUCCUGGGAAACAGCACCAUCCUCUUUUUCAUAAAGACGGAGGCCUCACUGCAUGAGCCCAUGUAUUACUUCCUCUCCAUGCUGGCAGUUUCUGACCUAGGACUGUCCAUUUCUUCCCUUCCAACUAUGCUGAGAAUCUUCUUGUUCAAUGCCACAGGGAUUUCCCCAGAUGCUUGCAUUGCCCAAGAGUUUUUCAUUCACGUGUUCUCAGCCAUGGAGUCAACUGUACUUUUUAUCAUGUCUGUAGACAGAUUCAUAGCUAUUAAUAACCCCCUGAGAUACACCUCCAUCCUUACAGGUGCCAGGGUCUUGAAAAUCAGUGUUCUGAACACUAUAAUGUGUAUUUUCUUUAUUCUACCUUUCCCUAUAACUCUAAAACAGCUAAAAUUCUGUAAUAAAAGCCGUCUUUCCCACUCCUACUGUCUCCACCAGGAUGUCAUGAAAUUGGCCUGUUCUGAUAACAAGGUCAAUAUCAUUUAUGGUUUUAUUGUUGCUCUUAUGGCUAUGUUAGACUUGACAUUCAUUGCUUUGUCUUACAUGCUAAUCCUGAAAGUUGUUCUGGGCAUGGCAUCACGCACAAGUCGCCUCAAAGUCCUGAACACUUGCAUCUCCCAUAUCUGUGCUGUUCUUGUCUUCUACGUGCCUAUCAUCACCUUGGCUGUCCUUCAUCGCUUUGGCAGGAAAAAAUCUCAAGUGAUUAGGAUCAUUAUAGCUGAUAUCCUCCUCCUUGUUCCCCCUCUAAUGAAUCCCAUUGUUUAUGCUGUGAAGAGUCAGCAGAUUCGAAAUGUGAUUCUGAGUAAACUCUGUGAAAAACACUAUAUAUGGAAAACUAACAGCCAAUGUUAUUGUCAAUGUAGAAAAGACAAAAACAAUCCCACUGAAAAAAGGGGACCAAACAUGGAUGCCCUUUGUCCCUAUUUCUAUUCAACAUCGUUCUGGAGUUCCUAG